GGAAGUGACAGGCGGAAGGAGCUUCGGCGGAAGCGGUUUGGUCUGUCAAGGGAGGAAAAAUUAGCCGAAUUUGACACAAAGAGGUUAAUCCCACCAAAUAACACCGAUCAUUCCCCCUUUUCCUCGACACCGGCGCCCGCUGAGAUGAUCCUGUUAGAAAUCAAUAACCGUAUAAUAGAAGAGACGCUGACGUUGAAGUUCGACGGCGCAUCCAACGGAACCAAACCAGAGGCCGUCGAUGUGACGUUUGCAGACUUCGAUGGCGUCUUGUACCACAUCUCCAACCCCAAUGGGGACAAGACCAAAGUGAUGGUCAGCAUCUCGCUGAAGUUCUACAAGGAGCUGCAGGAGCACGGCGCUGACGAGCUGCUCAAGAGGGUUUAUGGGAACUUCCUGGUUUCAGCAGAGGCUGGCUACAACGUGUCCCUCCUCUAUGACCUGGACGCUCUGCCAGCCAAUAAAGAUGAGGUGAUUCACCAGGCGGGCAUGCUCAAGAGGAACUGCUUUGCCUCUGUGUUUGAAAAGUACUUCAAGUUCCAGGAGGAGGGCAAAGAGGGCGAGCAGAGGGCCGUGGUCCACUACAGAGACGACGAGUCCAUGUAUGUGGAGGCCAAGAAGGACAGGGUGACGGUGGUGUUCAGCACGGUGUUCAAAGACGACGACGAUGUCAUCAUCGGCAAAGUGUUCAUGCAGGAGUUCAAAGAGGGACGGCGAGCCAGCCACACAGCCCCUCAGGUUCUGUUCAGCCACAGGGAGCCCCCUCUGGAGCUGAAGGACACGGACGCUGCCGUCGGAGACAACAUCGGAUACAUCACCUUUGUGCUGUUCCCUCGUCACACCAAUGCCAAUGCCAGAGACAACACCAUCAACCUCAUCCACACCUUCAGGGACUACCUGCACUACCACAUAAAGUGCUCCAAGGCUUACAUCCACACACGUAUGAGGGCCAAGACGUCAGACUUCCUCAAGGUGCUGAACCGCGCUCGACCUGAGAGCGAAAAGAAGGACAUGAAGACCAUCUCUGGAAAGACCUUCUCCCGUUGAGGUCGGAUCCAGACUCCUUCAUGGACACGCCCAAACACGCUACGCCGAGACUCAAACGCCACAUCGGACAGGACUCCAGGAUGCAUCUGAAUAAUGCCCCCCACCCAAACUCCCAAAACUGUGUCCAGUCUUUUUUUUUUU